AUGCCCAGUUACUCAAAUCGAAGAGAGGACUCGUUCGGUUCCUACGAUGGAGAUUCGAUAGACGAAAUCACUCGCAAAAAUGAGAUUUCUUUCAAAUACACCACAAUCUGUAAGUGUAAAAUCUUUGUUACAAUUGAAACACGCAGAUUUCAGUUCAUAACACACUCUCCGAGAAGAUUUUCAACGAACUCAGCGCUCUCUCCUGCGGAGAGUUUGAUAUUGCCGGAGGACAGAUAUCGCCAGUCAUGUGGACCAGGCUGCAUGAGGUAAGGUUCACAGAAAAGCAGUAUACACUGAAAUGGUUACAGAUUUACUCGGACGUGGAAAUGCAGACUAGAAAGCUGCCAAACGGAGCGAAAUACGCAGUGGCUUCGCAAAAAUAUGCAAAUGAAGCGGUUCAGAUUGCUAGUGUCCUCUCGAUCUACACAGCUCUGGCUCACGAAUACGACGAGACUCAGGAUGUGUCCCUGCUCAGCAAACUUGUCGUAGAAGACGUGGAAUUCAGACGAAUCUAUGUACGCUGACCCUCUGAAGUUCUUUGUCAAACAGUUAUAUUUCAGGCUCUCCUCCUAUGGAGCGAGAAGGCAAUCAGUGAGCAGUUGUACGAGAAUGGUCUUGGAGACAGAGUUCGGAAGCUCGAGAGCACAAAGGCAGCCCGACUCAACUCUAUUAUGGCCUUGAAGCGUCCGAGUUUCGCAGCUGGAGCUCCCAAAGACGCUUCUCUCGACCCUGAUGCUCCGGGCACAAAAGAAGAUCAGGCUUUAGAGCAGAUGGCGUUGACCACAUUCUUCCAGCUUAUCAGAAGCGGCGAAACCGCAAAAGCCGCCAACAUUGCAGUUGAGCUUGGAAUGUCGGCCAUCGGGGCACAACUGCAAGUGCACGCAAUGCUGCGCAAUCCUUUGGAUGUUCCACUGGAGACGACGAAGCAAAACUUUGGAGACUACAAAAGAAUCCGUCGUGCCAAGUACUUCGAGAUGACACAGAAACUGAUUGAGAAGUCGAAAGGCAAUGAGAGUGACGCCUACUGGUUGGUGAUAUCCGCAAUACGUGGAAAUAUCGCGCCAAUGCUCAAAGCAGCGAAGACAGUUAUCGAGAAAGUAUGGGCAUACGCCAAUUCGGCCUUUCUCGCGAGAAUGCUGGCCGCCGAAGGAGCCAUGAGCCAGGAACAGAUUGCCACGUUGUUCAAUGUUCCGUUGACCGCCAAAUCGAUUCUCGAUGAGUUGAGUGCGGUGAGUGAUUCCAAACUGAACAAAACUGGCAAAGCUUGUGUUUGUUUCAGGAAAACGAUCGUACCGGAGAUGCACUCAUCCUUCUGCGGGUCGUCGAUGACAUGCUGAACGACGACAUUGAAGAUUUGUACAAGUUCGCCAGCGAGACUGUGGCAGAAUACGUUCCAAAUGACUCUAAUUGCGAAGUGAACAUGCUCGGACUGGACAUCUUCUUCCAUCUGAUCGCAGUUGCGUACGCCAGUGGAUUCGAGCCAAACGACGAUGGAAAUGGAGUCGUUGCGCUUCAAUUCGAUGAUCUCCGUGCGCGAAAUGCUACGACAUCUCACAAACGAAUGGCUGCAUUCUACUCGAGAUUCCUUCCGGAAGACAUGAAACUGCCCGAGAUUGUAGAGACCAUGAAAUGUAUUCAGCAUCAAAUUUAAAAAAAUAGAUUUUCAUUACUGUUUUCAGUGGUCGAUGCCGAUAAAGAGAGAGUGCAGUUCGUCGAGUCGCUUCGACAAUAUGAGAUUGACUUCGGACAGUGCGCAUGCAUGCUAAUUCAGGAAUGCAGGAGAGCCGAUGAGGUGGGCAAGAUGAUUCCAAGUUCAGAAUGUACAAUUCGUAUUUCCAGAGCAACGUUCUGUCUCUUGAGUCUCAACUCGAGCACUGGAGUUGGCUGCUGAUCGGAGGAGAAGAGACUGCAUUGCCCGCUCUCGAGGAGUGCAACCGAUUGCUCCGGAAAGUUAUGCUCAAGGCGCCGCUCGAUGAGGCCAUGGUCAGAAGAAUCAUCCGAUUGGCCCUCCAACACGACCUUCCGAAGACUCUUUCGAACGCGGUCGUCAACGGCGAAAGAAUUCUCUCGCUGUGUCAGGAAACGCAGCAUUUCGAGCAGGACCUCAAGUCCGAGCGGACUACCGACCGAAUCGAGCACACCGCUCUUGAAUUCUACGGACUCUGCUCUUUCGUUGUAUGUCUCCGCUAUUACCAAUAAUUUCUGACUGGCUUUUUUCCAGGACGUGAACAAUUUCAUGAUCACAAUUGCUCUCAAACUCGGACUGAUGUUCAAGUACACUCCGAUUACAGAAGAUGAAAUGUCGAUGAUCAGAGGGGGUGAAACGGAUGGAUAAAACAAAUCCGUCCGAUUGGGAGGCGUCUUUGAGACUCCGCGCUCGGGCGGAGCAAACAUUGCGAGAGGAGGUGCUGAAAAGGAAGGCUGUCGAUCACAAUGCGCGUCUCGGAAUGGUUCAACAGCAUUUGGAUGUUUGCUCGCAAACUCUAAAUUUGACAAAAAAAAUUUGAAUUACAGAGUGUGCUCCCGAUGCUCCGCGGACUCGUAAACAACAUCGGAGUGCGGACUGAAUACUUCUUGCGCCCGCUCGAGAGCGGAGAUCCGAUGCGCCACCAUCGGAAUGAGAUCAAUGCCAUCCGCAGUCUUUACUUGCCACAGUUUUUCAUUCUUCUCUCUCAAGCAGCUGUCAAAUUGAACGAAAUCACCAGCUUCCACGAAUUCUUCACUAGUUUCGACGAAAUCGGAGGAGAACUCGGUCUCGACGCCCAAUGGAUUCACUUUAUCAAGGCAUUCUUCGCCGAAGUCAAUUUGAAAGUUGACUAA